UGAAUGAGCAUAACUUUGAAUCAUCUAACCUAAGGUCAGAUAUAAACUCUCUAACCUAGAUAUUUAUCAAGCAAUCCUCUCUUCCUUCAAUUCUCAGUCACUGCGCCAAGGUGUUAGGUGAAGCGUAUAUGUGUAUGCGCUUUUUACCUGGUAUUGGCCUACUACUUACAUAGAACCAGACAUUGUUUCUGGGCUACAUAGUAGUGGCAAAUAACGAGCCUCACUCACCAGCUUGUCUCACCUUCGCGACGCGUCAAACAGCUACCACUUAUGCUUAAGACACGAACACGUUUUCGGGCCAAUCUCACAUCUGAUAUCAUAGGUAAUUACGUGAUUCGAUCACAAUGCCUCUCGGAUGGGAGCGGAUCAACACGAAGAAGUCGCAGCCAAAUGACCGGAUCGUCUUCAUCAAGCCCCUUGAGGGCCCCGAUAAGGCGAGCGCCCAGAAGUUCUUGGAGCGCAUCGCUGCACAGUGUUUACCCAUCAUGAAAGAACAAUAUUUAUCGGUGGUGUCACUGGAGGAAUACGAGCCUAACCGGGAGUUUGUUGGCCGCAACUUCAAUGCAGGGGAAGUCAUACAGCUGGUUCUAAAGUCACCAUCUACUGGGCAAUGGCUACCUUUUAACUAUGUCCAAAUGGUCAUGAUGCACGAGCUGGCACACUGCAAGCAGAUGAACCAUUCCAAAGCUUUCUGGGCCGUCAGAAACCAGUAUGCAGACCAAAUGAGGACCCUGUGGUCUCGUGGUUACACUGGCGAGGGCUUGUGGGGGAAAGGCGCCGUGCUGGACACUGGAGAGUUCAGGGAUACGGUGCAGCUGGACAAAGACCUGCCCGAACACCUAUGCGGAGGAACCUACCGCUCCCGAGGAAGAAAGCGCAAACAAAAGAAACAACUGUCCUACCAGGAGAAAAAAGAACGGCGCAUUUUGAACAAGUUCGGCGCCAAUGGGGUUGCUCUUGGAGAAGACGAGAUCAUCAAGACCGAGCUGGAAAAGGGGAAGAAAGUCCAAGGCAAACCUCGAGUAGCAGCGAGCAAACGAGGGCGAGAGCUGAGAGCAGCUGCGGCGUUGGCCCGAUUUGAUCAGCAGAAGAAAUCGGGAGACGAAGACAAGAAAAUUAAAGGCGAAGAUGACGACGAGACACAAAGUGGCACCGAAUCCGAAACUGCUAGUGAUAAUGAGGGUGAGGCUGCCGUGGACAUCAACGGCAAACGCCUUGUGGAUAAGAAGGGGCAUAACUUUGUCAAGGUGUGCGAGGAUGAGAACGUCAAAGACGAGGAUGUGCAGAAUGAGAUGAAAGAGCUCUUCCAGUCUACGAUUAAGUGGAAGCCCGAGAAACCCGAGAAGCGUACAUCUUCAUCUUCUUCGUCAAUAGGGGCCAAAGCUCAAGAAUUGGGGUCACUUGAUCAGCGUGACGAGAGAGACGAGAAAAGCGGCACCAAGAGAUCUCCAUCACAGGAAGCAAACAUGGAGCCCAUCUUGAUCGAUGAUGACGGCGAGGCUCCCGAUUCGAAACCAGGUGUCUGUGUUAUGUGCUCUUUCGCUAGCGGACCAAAAGCUACCAUAUGCGAUGUUUGUUCUCAUGUUUUAGAUCCAAGAAAGGUGCCAGGCUCUUGGAAAUGCAAGAGCUCAUCUUGCCGAGAGAGUUUGUAUCUGAACGCGGGAGAUUCGGGAGGAUGUGGAGUUUGUGGACAACGAAAAGGCGUGUAACAGGUAGUUAGCUAGCUAUGUACUAUAGUGUAGCUUUCAAUGUGGACAAUAUGGACAUAUUUGUUCUGGUAACUUGAUUCGUUCGGUUAUUUGAGAAUUAGACGAGGUUAGACCCAUCGUCUGAACCUGCUUCUAAUACAUGAUGCUACCAAAGGACAUAUCCAUAUCCAUAUAAUGGCAUAUAUAAAAUACCUAGGUUAGGCAUCUAGGGUAGCUAUGCUAGCUAAUGUAAAGUUGCUAGGACCUAGGUACCUACAUACACUAGUUAUGGUCCAAUUUGUAUCUUCCGAUUGAGUGAGGCCUCUUAGUGUAGCACGAACCCCUGUAUGAGCUAGCGACAUGCUUGUUUCAUGUCCAAGAGCCC